AUGCUCCGCCAGCGACAAGCCGCCGCAGCAUCCGCCCCCGACCGCCGCUCUCAAAAGGAUCAGAUACCCACCAUGGCGGGCGCGACGACGACGACCCUGGACAAUGAGCGCAGUCCGCUGCUCCCACGCCACGAGGACGACGCACACAGCGAACCGCCAACCGAGGCAGAAGACGACGACGAGCAAGCGACUGAGAGCAUGGCUUGGGCACGACGGAAUCAGUGGAUUGUGCUGGCCGUUGCGAGCGGCGCUUGCGCUGCUUUCAACGGCGUGUUUGCAAAGUUGACCACAACUGAGCUCACAACGACAAUAUCUCAAGCAAUCUCCAACUUUCUUCAUCUUCAAGAUAUCGAAGGAGCCUUUGAGGUUGUCAUGCGAGCAGUCUUUUUCGGUCUCAACCUCGUCUUCAACGGCAUCAUGUGGACUCUCUUCACAAAAGCACUUGCCAAGGGCCAGUCAACCACGCAGGUGUCCAUCAUGAACACGUCCUCCAACUUUGUCAUCACCGCCAUGCUCGGCUUCGUCAUCUUCUCCGAGUCGCUGCCGCCGCUCUGGUGGGUCGGCGCCGCCAUGCUCGUCGCCGGCAACGUCAUCAUCGGCCGCAAAGAUGAGGAGGCGGACAAGUCUGGCGACUACGCGCCGGUGCCGCAGCAGCCGGGUCUCGCUCCCGUCCCGCUGGAUGGCGGCGACGAGGACAAGGACUCCGAGGACGAGGAUAUUGUCGAUUUGGGGGACUUGAACUCUGCGGAACAUCGCACUUGA